AUGCCUGCGCGGCUCGGACUUCUCCUGGAAGUCCGGCGGCGGCGUCGCGUGUGCGCGACGCAGGUCGCUUCCCUACCGCAGUCUCUCUUCUCUUUCUCGGUCCCUGUUUAUUCCUUCUCUCCAUUUCUGGCGCCCGCUCGCCCUCAUCCUGAAGCGUCUCUCGCGUGUGCGGCGCCGCACGCUUCAGAGCGCUCUCUGGUGGGGCGUCGCCUUAAAGGCCGAGCCGCCCCCGCAGCGAGUCCUGUCUCUGCGAGCGGGAGCAGACGGCGCUCCACGGCGCCCAUUCGAGAGAGGGUUUGUCGCUCUGUGGGCGGCAGCGAGUCGCGCGCGAGAAGGACAGAGGCUCCUUCUCCGCGUGCGGGCGCAUCCUCUCCCAGCUCCGCCGCCCCCGUGCUGCGUGGCUUUGUCCCCUCCGCGUCGCCGGCGCCGCUCCUGUCUGUGUCUCGGCCUCUGUACGCCGCUUCCUUCGCCACUUCGUCCGCAGCCGCGUGCGUCUCCGCUCCCGCCGCAUGCUGGCGGGCCGGUGUGACGUCCUUCGCCUUGUCUCUUUCGCAGCGGCGCGCAGCGCCCGACUGGGUCAGCGCCAUGGUGGGGAAGCUGAAGAGCUCGCUGGCAACCAAGUCGGACUACGGCAAGGAAACAGGGCAGAAAGGGACGGCCGCGGCGACGGACCCGCUGCGCGAGCACGGCCUCUUCGGCGUCGCCAGCGCCAUUGAGCAGAAGGCAUCGGCUUUCCUCUCGCGUCUCACCGACGCGCAGCAGCGGCAACUGGAAAAGCAGGGUCUGCUGGUCAGUCGCUUCUACCGCUACCUGAUCAUUUCCCUCAUGGAGAAGGAGGGCGUGUUCACCUUUUACGACUUUUACGUGUGGCGGAAGGGCUGCCUCGAGUACCUCAAGGCGGCUGAAGAAGAGAUGCAAGGCAUUGUCGGGAAGUCCGCGAGGAAGCUCGCUGAUCUCGGCUGGGAAAAGCUGCGUCCCUCGACCUCGCCCGAGUUCAAAGAAAUGGAGCUCCACUUGAAAAUCCUGUCGCAUUUCACUCCGGAGGAGCUGUCUCGCGACACCGCGCAGCAUUUCACCUCGGGGGCCAUCAAGAACAUCGCGAAAGCGGCUGAUACAACAGUGAAAAACGUCAAAAACGUCCUUCUGGGGCACGCCAUUGCGCUCACGGAUCGGACUUGGUAUAUGCGCCUGAUGGAGAUGAGGCGUCCGAUCCCGCAGACUGUCGAGGAUUACCUUCUGCUCGCCGAAAUCGACCGGCCUUACAUGAUUCGGCUGCCCUACGGAGAGCGAUUUUUCAACUACGAGCUCGAGGAGGCGCUGAAGAAGCAACGCGCCGCCAACCGAUACAAGUCGCAGAGAGACGUGCCGCGUCUGGGCCGCCGGCAGCACCGCGUCAGGCGGCUGUUCGUGCCCAACGAGCGCGUGGCGUAUGACCGCUGGGCGCGGAUGCCACAAGCCCGCUUGGAUGCCUACGGGAACUUUCUCUUUCGUCUCCACCAAGAGCCCAAGGGAGCCGUCGCCCGCGCGCGCGCCGCCGAGCGCGCCAAGCAGCGGGCGGCGAUGGAGGCGGAUGCGGAGUGCUACUCCGACGCCGCGCUAUCUGCCAGCCGCAUCACGCUGAACAACCUGCCGCCAGGGGCUUUCCGCCGGCGCACAGGCAUGGUGAGGAAGAGCGGUGAGAUUCACCACCUCGCCCCGCCGGAGGAACCCGAGCUCCGAGAGAUCUUCGCGGCCGCCGUCCAGCGCGAAAAGGAUGAAAAACGCAAGAGGGAACUGCUCAUGCAGGAAAACGCCGACACCACACAGCGAAGAGAACAGGACCAGAAUCUCCACUCAUGGCGCGUAGAUGGCGGGCUGUGGGGGUGA